CUUAUUAUUAUUAGACGUACAAGAUGUUUGCAGUUUUAGUGAAAUAUAUUGCAGGUAUUUUAGGCGUGCUUAGAACUAAUUAUAGCGAUAAAGGAGUUAGGGAAGGUCUAGUAGAGUGCGAUAAAGCUUCACGUAGGAUUAGGGAUUCUAUGCGCGGAUCUUGGUCUAUAGGUGAAAAACAACAUCUUGAGGCUUGCUUACGUAAUAUUAAGUCGAUGCGUAAACAUUUUAAAUUAGAACAAAAGAGGGGUCAUGGCUUAGCAUCGAAUAAAGGAACCUCCACUUCGGCUUUUAGUAAUAGAAAAGAAACCGCAAAACAUCGCGUUCAUUGGGAUGAUUCCAGUUCGGCGUUUAGAAAUAGAAUACGAACUGGAGGUAUCACUAAUCUUAAACAUAAAGACCCCGGCAACUUCUUAAUGGACUGUAAGACCAUCUUCAAAAGCCGAAUUCAUAAUGCGUUGAAGCAAGAUGAGGCUGUCAAAGUAAAUGCGAUUUUUUGCGGGGAAUUUGCGAUUACUCAAGGUGAAAAGAUGCUUAAUGAGUAUAAGUACUUUACAACAUCAAAUGCGGCAAUAUAUAGGGGUACUGAUAUAGAAGAGUGGUUUAAGGAGAAUGUUGAGAAACCGAUAAUGACCAAAUUAUCGGAAUUUCAAGAACGUGACAGCGGUUGGGCCCUUAAGGCUGUUAUCAAUUUAGGAGUGAACAUUAACAAAUUUACACCUCAACUUGGCUCUUUAUAUAUUGAGUUACCUUCACAAAUUCAAUCAAAAAAGGCGUGCGUUAACGUUAAAAAUGAUGAUGAUGCCUGUUUUGCGUGGGCGGUGGUUUCAGCGUUGUAUCCUGUUGAUAAACAUCCUCAAAGAAUAUCCAAAUACCCUCACUACUCUUCCGUGCUCAAGCUAAAAGGGAUCCAGUUUCCGAUGACUAUGCGACAAAUUCCGAACUUUGAAAAACAAAACAGCAUCUCCAUUAACGUGUAUAUUCUGAAGAAAGAGAAAAAAGACCAGUUUAAUACGUUGCCUACCUACCUAACGAAGGAAAAGAGGGAUAAACAUGUGAACCUGCUUUUAGUGCAAGACUGCUACGAACAAUCGGUCAAGUUCCAUUAUGUUUGGAUAAAAAAUCUUUCACGGCUAGUAUCGAAGCAGUUAAGCAAAGAAAAAAGGCAAAAGUAUAUUUGCGAUAGAUGUUUACAUUUUUACCGUUCUGAAGAUAAAUUACAUAAGCAUACUAAGGAUUGCAUACAAAAGAAUGAUACAGCCAUCAAGAUGCCUACAGAGGAAAAAAAGAUGUUGAAGUUUAAAAAUUUUAAAAAUAAAAUAAAAGCCCCCUUUGUCGUAUAUGCAGAUCUCGAGAGCGUUCUGAAACCUAGCGAGAAGAAGACCGCCUACCAACAGCAUAUUCCAGCAGCUGUAGGAUACUACCUCAAAUGUUCAUAUGACGAAUCUCUUUCGUUUUAUAACAGCUACCGCGGUGAGGACAGUAUGCGAUGGUUUGCUGAUGAGAUGAAUAAGCUUGCGGAAGAUGUAUCUACAGUGUUUCUUUGUCCCUACAAGAUGCAUAUGACUCCACAGCAGGAGCUUGAAUUUCAAGCAGCAACGGAGUGCCAUAUUUGCGAACAGUCAUUUAAAUCUGGACAAAAGAAAGUUCGUGAUCACAAUCAUCUUAUCCCGGAGAACAACUUCCGCGGAGCUGCAUGUGAGGGAUGCAACGUCAACUAUCAGGACACUCAUACAAUCCCGGUGGUGUUCCACAACUUGAGUGGAUAUGACGCGCACUUUGUUGUAGCAGAUAUUGCUACUAGAAUGGAUGGCAAAAUUGAUUUGCUCCCUAUAACCAAGGAGAAAUAUAUUUCUUUCACCAAACAUAUCGAUGAGUCACGUGUCUCCUUUAGGUUUAUCGAUAGCUUCCGGUUCAUGGCGUCGGGGCUAGAUAAACUAUCGUCAGCACUGACAGAAUUUCCCAAUCUCAAGGCGCAAUUCUCUACACUACCUGCGGAUCAAUUUAAUCUUUUAACUAAAAAAGGAGUCAUGCCGUAUGAUUACCUCGACUCGUUUGACCGCUUCGAAGAGCCAACUCUACCUCCUCAAGAUGACUUCUACAAUAAGCUAGAAGAUAAGCCCUGUCCCAGAAAAAUGUAUCGUAGAGCUCAGGAGGUGUGGGACAGAUUUAACUGCAGCAACUUGGGUCAAUAUGUAGACUUGUACAUGAAGACUGAUAUUCUACUCCUUGCAGAUGUCUUUGAACAGUUUAGAUCAAGCUGUAUUACCACUUAUGAUUUAGAUCCGGCCCACUAUUUUACACUACCAGGCUUUACUUGGGAUGCCAUGUUGAAAUACACGCGACAAGAGCUGGAACUCCUUACCGACCAGGAUAUGUUUCUCUUUGUCGAGCGGGGUAUUCGUGGAGGGUUAAGUCAAGUCUGCUCUAAAAGAAGAGCUCAUGCAAACAACAAAUAUAUGCCCAAAUAUGAUUCAACGAAACCGGAUGUCUAUCUAAUGUACAACGAUAUCAAUAACCAGUAUGGAUGGAGUAUGAGUCAAUAUCUUCCAUAUGGAGGCUUUGAAUGGGUAGACUCCAACAUCGAUAUCACUACGAUUCCGGAUGAUGCAGAUGAAGGCUACAUUCUAGAAGUUGAUUUGGAGUAUCCACAGCAUUUGCAUGACGCUCACACAGAUUUACCGUUCUGUGCAUUACACAUCAACCCGAAGACUAUGAAACCGCCAACUGAAACUGCGGAAAUUUCAAAACUCAUGGCGACCUUAAAUAAUAAAGAAAAAUACGUCAUCCACUAUCGAGCCUUGAAGCAAGCAUUAGCCCAUGGCCUAAUUCUCUCCAAAGUACAUAGGGUACUCAAAUUUAAACAGUCCCCUUGGCUAAAGUCCUACAUUGACCUUAAUACAGAACUAAGAAAAAAAGCCAAGAAUGAAUUUGAGAAGAACUUGUUUAAGUUGAUGAAUAACGCAGUCUUUGGGAAGACUAUGGAAAAUGUCAGAAAACGGGUUAAUAUCAAAUUACUAACGCAAUGGAAAGGACGUUACGGCGCAGAAUCAUACAUUGCGAAACCGGAAUUUAAAUCUUGCGCCAUUUUUAACGAAAACUUGGUAGCUGUAGAAUUGAAUAAGCUUGAAGUCUAUUUAAAUAAGCCUAUAUACGUAGGUCAAGCCAUUCUUGAUCUAGCCAAGACGACCAUCUACAGCUUCCAUUAUGACUACAUGAUGGAUAGAUUUGGAGAUAACUGCACAGUUCUUUACACAGAUACGGACAGCUUAAUUUAUGAAAUUCGUGAACAAGAUCCUUAUAUGGCGAUAAAAAACGACUGUUUUAAAUAUUACGAUACUAGCGAUUAUGACCCCAAUAACCCAUAUGGCAUACCCCUUGUAAAUAAGAAAGUGUUGGGCAUGAUGAAAGAUGAAAAUAAUGGACAGAUAAUGACUGAUUAUGUAGGAUUGCGAUCGAAACUGUACACCACCAAAGUUUUACCCUCCAAGGAUGAUUUGAUAAAAUUACGGCAAAAAUUAGAAGCGGAAGAGAAUGAAGAGGAUGAGAUCGAUACGAUUAUUAAAAAUUUCGGUUUGAUGAAGAAGGCAAAGGGUAUAAAGAAAAGUGUAGUGGAGACUAAAAUUACUUUUGACGAUUAUGUGGAGUGUCUGGAGACCUUUAAGCGCAAAACGACUUCCCAAAAUUUAAUCCGAUCCAAUAAACAUCAGGUAUAUUCGAUAACGCAGUCGAAAAUUGCUCUAAGUCCCGAAGACGAUAAGAGAUAUUUAAUCCCAGGUACAUUUGAUACUCUUCCGUGGGGCCAUUAUGCUAUCAGUAAGCCUCAAGAUGUUCAACAGAUGGAAAUUGAUUAAAGUGCAAAUUUUUAUUAAUUAAUUGCAGUUUUGUUAUCUCGUUUGAAUAAUUUACCAACCCUUGACGAAUUAAUGAACCCUUUCAAUUUAUUUUGAAAGCGCCGUUCGUGCAGUCUCCCUCAGGUAAAAUAUUCAAUCGAUAUAAACAAAUUGCAGCAGAUUAUGGUAGGCCUGUUAGUUAUUUUUUAUGCAUAUAAGAAAUUGUUAAUGGGGAAUCCUAUAACGAGGCUGUAAACACCCCCAAUAAAAUUACUUUAAUGCAAUUUUAUUGCCUCUAAGGUGGCCAUGGAAAGGGGUGUAUCAUAUCGAGCGAACCUCCGUACUCAAUAUUGCGGCUAAUUGUUAAAUUAUUAAUUAAUAACUUUAGUUAUAGCAAAAUUUAAAAUCUACUCAUCUCCAGGGCAUAACGAUAGUCGAUGUAGUGAAACAGCCUGCUUUUGAAUAGACCGAGGUAAUAUUCAUAAGGUAUAUGUUUUACCUAUAUAAUAUCAGGUAUGGCGAUAUUGAAUAUGAUGAGUGAAGGAUAUAAAUUUUUAUUGAAUGUUUAUCUGCAUACCCCCUUUGUAUCAAGCUUCCUAUGACCUCGUUUGUCACAUAGCUAUGCAAUCUGUGCAGGUUUCCUGUCUAAAUGGAUAGCAAUAAAUAAAACUCCUCCUAGAAAUCGUUUGAUAGGCAUUUGUUACGAGGAUGGCGGGUAAGAAUGAGCUCUUUUCUAUUUUUCAUCAAACUUAAUGUAUGUAAUUUUUCAGCUCAAGGUGCGGCCAUCGUCUUCGGAGGCGUGCAAACGGCCUAUGGUAAAUACACCGCAUAUCUAUCACACGUUUAACCAUAUAUUUGUAGAACGAGAACUCCGAACACAUCUAAUAGAAAAAUAUGGAUCUGAACAUGUUGCGAUUUUACGGGGUCGGGGAACAAUCCCCGGCUCCGUAAAGAUUGAGGAAGAUGACUUCCAGGGAACGAGGUUCCAGGUCUUUAAAGACCUGGAACUCAAACACACCUAUUGGGUGUUCUAUAAUUAAUAAACCUGUUAAAUUUU